AUGAUGUACGGUUGGGAUGAAGCAGCGGCGCAUGAUGGAGUUACUCUUAAGGUCUUGCACUUUCAAGGCUACGACGUCGUGGUCAGGCUCUGGUCGCCUCAAUCCGAUGGCCACAUGGAUUCGCCUGAAGACGACAUUCUCUCUUGUUUCAAGACACGUUGCUGCGACAAUACGGAUCAAGAUGAAGAAGAAGUUUGUUGCAUAUGUUUGGACGAUUUGUACCGAGGAUCAGUGACUACUUUGGAUUGCCGCCACGAGUUUCAUCCUGACUGCAUACGACAGUGGCUCGGCUGCGGCGAGAACUUCUGCCCCCUCUGUAAAGCUCCGGCGAUCAAGUGA